GCGGCACACACACACACACACAAUAUGCUGUCCCCGACAGUGAAGCGGAUGGAGCGUCCGCCACCGCCACCGACACCCCCGAAACCGGACCGUUCCCAGCAGCAGUCGGGCAAUAAGGCACAGCCAAACAGUAACGAACCUGCCUUGGUACCAGUUCCUUCCCAAACGCCAGACGAGGAGCAGGUCGUGAUGACACCGCUCGGCAAGACAAACACCUCCACCGUGCUGCUGAUCGAGCGGAAGCUAAUACAGUCGGUCGGCGAACGUACGCACGUCGCCGGUGGCGAUCAUCGGGGCAUUAUCAUUAACAAAACUGCCGAAGAGCAAUCCAAUCGACAGCGCGAACCGGCCCAGCUGAGCCUCGAGUUUCGCGUAUUUCUCGUCAGCGCCAACAGUGGUCAACAUUCGCAGGAAUCGCGCCGCAUAAAGUUUUGGUUCCGACCGUGGCUCACGUCGGAGGACGUACAGGCACAGGUUGCGCAGGAUUUUUUCCGCGAGCUGGUCAGCCCGAAAGAGUUCCCGCGCGAUUACGUCGGGUUUAUCAAGAAGAUUAUGAAGCUGCUGCAGAAAGGCUACAACGAAAUACAGGCCAUCGAGAUCGAGCUACGGAUACUGGAGCAAACGUCCGCACCUCCAUCAAGACCUUCGCGUCCCGGGCACGUGAUCAUUUGUUACGGCAACUGUCACAAGCUGGACACAAAUAAUAACGAUCGAGAGCGAAAACAUUUCGCCGAUGGUGGUGGUGGUGGUGGUGGUUUGGUUGGUAGCAGUAACGGCAGCAUACACGUUACACCCGUCAGUCAGCGAAGACAGCAGCAGGACGGCAAACAGCGGACCGGCGACGAAGUAUCGUUUGAGGAUGAGCAGUUCGAAGUAGUACCGCUGACGCCCGAGAAGAUACUCGAACUGAUCGAGCAAGCCUAUCCGAAUCCAAUCACACCGGAAGAUCUGGCAAAGGAUUAUGGCUGGGAAGAGGAGGAAGUGCUCGCCAUUAUGCUGGUGCUGAAAGAGCGUGGCCUCAUUAAAUCGAUGGAGUACAACUCGUUCACCCGUAUUCACCAUGACGACCAGGCCAUCAAAAUCGUCAAGCAAAUGCCAACGAUCGCGUCGAACAAACAGCCAACGAUUGCCAUCAUUACUGCGCAGUACUGCGAAAAGCUCGCCGUUGAUGCGAUGCUCGAGAACAAGGAAACGUUCGUGCGGUACACCACCGUAGGAACCUCCUCCGAUAAGUCCACUACUAACGAAGCGGAACGACACAAGCACAGAAGAAAGAAUCGGUUCGGCGAAUCGAAUGUGUACACACUCGGCAACAUUGGAGCGCAUAGGAUCGUCAGCACCAAGUUGCCGUCGGUCGGUAGUACGCGCGAAGCGAUGACAGCGGCCGGCAACACCACCACCCGCCUGCUCGGCACCUUCCAGAAGGUGGACUACGUGUUCAUAGUUGGUGUGGCGGGCGGCAUCCCGCACUACACCGACUACCGGCGGCACGUUCGGCUCGGUGACGUCGUAAUUGCGUCCGCCGCCACCACCGUACCGGAAGCAACCAGUGCUACCAACGGCAAUCCAUCGAAACCGUACUGCUACGUGUACAGCGGCACCAGCAACAACAAUGGUCCGAGCGAGGUAAAGCGUUACUAUCCGGCGGACGAUUGUCUUCAGACGAUCGGGCGCACGAUCGUGCAGAACGACGACGGCAAGAAGCCGUGGUUGCAGUACGUGCAGGAAGGUUUGCAGCAGCUGAGCGGACGGGGUGGCCACGCGGAGCACGACUUUGCCCGCCCGGCACCGAACACGGACAAGCUGUACAUGAACAUUGGCAACAGGAACGUGAUCGAGGUGGCGCAUCCGAUCGCCCAGCUCGAGGAAGGUGGCGACGAUACGGACGCUAGCGGUGGUGCACCCCAAACCCGGCUGCACGCCGGCCCGAUCGGGUCCGGGUACGAUCUGGUACGGUCGGACAGUGCCCGGACGGAGUACGCCCAGGCGUACAGUCUGCUGGCGACGGACAGCGAGAUGAACUCGGUGCUGGACAGUGUGGUCGGCAACUGUCGGGAUGCGUUCAUCCUGGUGAAGGGCAUCGCCGACUACAAGGACGGUACAACGUCACGCAAAUGGCAGAACUAUGCUUCGCUCGCCGCGGCUGCCGUCAUGAAGACGAUCGUGUGCGCGAUGGAUGCGCCUACGAACGUGUAA